GAAUGUGUAAGGAGAAUCAAACUGAAGUCACAGAAUUCCUACUUCUUGGAUUCCAAGGUUUAUAUGAAGUGAAAAUUCUGUUCUUCAUAGUGUUCUUCUUAGUCUAUAUUGUCAUACUAAAUGGAAAUAUCCUCAUUAUUAUCUUGGUGGGCACUUUUGAUCAUCUCAAGAUUCCGAUGUUUGUCUUUCUUCAACAUUUAGCUGCUGCAGAUGUUCUAUUGACCACCACUGUUAUACCACUGAUGUUAAAUAUCAUCAUACUGGAUGAAAAGAUCAUGUCUGUCCGAGGCUGCAUUGCGCAAAUGUAUUUUAUUUUUAUUUUUGGGUUUGUGCAGUGUUUCUUCAUUGCUAUAAUGUCAUACGACCGUUGUCUAGCUAUUUGUAAUCCAAUGCAUUAUACUUCGAUAAUGAGACCUCAUAUUUGCCUUCGUAUGAUUGAAGGAUCCUGGAUUUUGGUCGUUUUUAUAUCAACUGAGAUUAUUUUAGUAGGUCAGUUGCGUUUCUGUGGACUAAAUAACAUUGACCAUUUCUUCUGUGAUUUUGGGCCCACUGUAGAAUUAGCCACUUCAGACACCUCCCUUUUGUUGCAGAUUGACUUUGGUAUUUCCAUUUUAAUGGUCUUCUUUCCUUUUGCUUUUACUGUCAUAACGUACUUUACUAUUUUGCUUACCAUUCUGAACAUGUCCUCCAAAAGUGGAAAGAAGAAAGCAUUUUCCACUUGUAGCUCUCACCUGGCCACUGUAUGUGCAUACUAUGGGACGUUGAUGACAGUGUCUUUGAAUUCAGCCAUCGAGACCUCGUCAACCUUGAACAAAUUUAGUUCGCUUUUGUAUAUUGUCGUGACCCCGCUAAUAAAUCCCAUAAUUUACAGCCUGAGGAACCAUGAGAUCAAAAGAACCAUAAGAAAAUUAUUUGGACAUUUUAGGGCAAAUAUUUAAAGGAGGAAAUAAAAGUAAAACAUGAGCAAAUAGAAACCUUUUUCUUAAAGAGAAGCUGCCA